UUUUAGGAGAAGUUUUUGACUAGAGCAAAGAUUUAUAUUUGCAAAUUUGUUUCAGAUAAUUCACCAUGACCAUGAAGACCAAUGCAACUACAGAAGGAAAUUUCAUAGAGCUUACAACAACCGAAUCAUUGUUUAAUUUAUCCCAAAUAGACUAUAACAAUGAAACCAUCAACGACACAUUCUAUUGUGAAGUGAAUCAUAACGGGCAAGUCGAACAAUAUUACGUACUUCUCCCGAUUUUGCUCAUUUGCUGUCUCAUAGCUAUGAUAGUUAACGUUAUAGUGAUAGCCAGCGCUUACUGGAUCCGAUGUCCGAUGACGCCGAAUUUGAAAAUGAGCUUGAGCUUAGCUGCCGCUGACGCUGCCAGCUCCACCAUGUACGGUACGCUGGUGCUGAUAUCGGAUUAUGGAUUCAAUUUGGGAGUGUUUCCUUGUGUCUUGGAACUGUUGAGGCUAAGUGGUAUAGGUAAGAAUUGA